AUCACCAUGUCCCGCAAUCUUCUAAUUACUGGUGCCACCGGCAAACAAGGCGGCAGUGUCGUGGAAGCCGUCCUCGCUCGUUUCUCCAAAGACUUCACCAUCCUCGCCGUCACUCGCAAUGCACAGUCGCCAUCGGCUGUUCGUUUGACCAAGAAGUCAUCCUCCGUCAAACUCGUCGAGGGAAACCUUGACGACGUGCCUUCACUGUUUCGAGCUGCGAACAAGGUUGCCUCUGGCCCGAUUUGGGGUGUUUACUCGGUUCAAGCCGCAGUGACCAAGGGCACCACCUUUGAGGGAGAAAUCCGCCAAGGCAAAGCACUCAUUGACGAAUCCAUUAAGAACGACGUGAAGCAUUUCGUCUACAGCAGCGUCGACCGCGGCGGAAACGGGCGGUCCUGGACCAACCCAACCCAGAUUCCGCACUUCAAGGCGAAGCAUCAGAUUGAGCACCACCUCCGCGACAGCACCGCCAACGGGAAAUCCGCCAUGGGCUGGACAAUCCUGCGCCCUGUCAUCUUCUUGGAUAACAUCACACCAGACUUCCAGGCCAAGGUAUUCAUGACGAGCUUGCGCAGCACCAUGAAAGACAAGCCGUUGCAGUGGAUUGCCACUUCUGACAUUGGAGUCUUCGCAGCUGAGGCCUUUGCCAAUCCGGAGCGGUUCAACAAGCAGGCCAUAGGGCUUGCCGGAGAAAAGCUUACCUUUGAGGAGUUGAACCAGAGGUUCAAGAACAUCACGGGCGCCGGCGUGGGCACGACAGUCGGGCUGCUGGGGAAGGCACUCAAGGCGGGAGUGAAGGAAGUCGGUGUGAUGUUGGAUUGGUUCAAGGAAGAUGGUUACAAUGUGGAUAUUCAGCUGGCUAAGAGCAUUCAUCCACAUAUCAAGGAUGUCGAGUCGUGGCUGAAGCGGGACAGUGCCUUCGUUAGGCGAUGA